AGGAGCACUUCCCGGUUCGGCAAUAAUCUGGAGCUCGGGGUGUUGGAACAGUCCAGUUGGACCUUGCUCCGAAGCUCCGCCUUCUCUCCGGUUUUUCUGGAAACCUAGCGUUCCUCACGGCGGUACCGAGCAGCAUCCCAGACGCGUGUGAGUCCCCCAUGGCAGAUCCGGCCCCAAACGGCCCGCAGGGGGCGGGCGCAGUGCAAUUUAUGAUGACCAAUAAACUGGAUACGGCAAUGUGGCUUUCUCGCUUGUUCACAGUUUACUGCUCUGCUUUGUUUGUUCUGCCUCUUCUUGGGUUGCAUGAAGCAGCAAGCUUUUACCAACGUGCUUUGCUGGCAAAUGCUCUUACCAGUGCUUUGAGGCUGCACCAAAGAUUACCGCACUUCCAGUUAAGCAGAGCGUUCCUGGCCCAGGCAUUGUUAGAGGACAGCUGCCACUACUUGUUGUAUUCUCUUAUCUUUGUCAACUCCUACCCAGUCACAAUGAGUAUUUUCCCAGUCCUGUUAUUCUCUUUGCUUCAUGCUGCCACAUAUACUAAAAAGGUCCUUGAUGCAAAGGGUUCAAAUAGUUUACCUCUGCUGAGAUCUGUCUUGGAUAAAUUAAGUGCUAAUCAACAGAAUAUUCUGAAAUUCAUUGCUUGUAAUGAAAUAUUCUUGAUGCCUGCUACAGUUUUUAUGCUUUUUAGUGGUCAAGGAAGCUUACUCCAGCCUUUUAUAUACUACAGAUUUCUUACUCUUCGAUAUUCCUCUCGAAGAAACCCAUAUUGCCGGACCUUGUUUAAUGAACUGAGGAUUGUUGUUGAACACAUAAUAAUGAAACCUGCUUGCCCACUGUUUGUGAGAAGACUUUGUCUCCAGAGCAUUGCCUUUAUAAGCAGACUGGCACCAACAGUUGCAUAGUUUAACAUUCAAUUAUAUAUUAUUAGCAGCUGAUACUUCUGCUAGGGAUUUGUAAAUUCCAGGUGUUACACUGACCUCAAUCCAAUUUAAAUCAUUUACCUAAAUGCAUCUCAAUAGAGAAAUAAUCGUUCUCCUGGCAUGUUAAAUCAAGCCUUUUAAAAAGUUUCUGAGAAAACUUUAUUGUGCUGUGUAGCUAAUGGUUAAGGAAGUUUAUAUCUUGUGAUAAAUGUACCAAAUUCUUUUUAGAUGUUAUCAUGAAGUACAUUUUUUUCCUCUUGUAAAAUAGCUCUUAAAUUUGCUUUAAUCUAAUUGGUAGUCUGAGUUUAUAUCUGGCAUGGGUUCAUUAUGGUAAUACUAAUAUACAUGACUUCAGUAUCUUUUGAGACAGUAUUCUUUUGCCAUUCAGUAAUUUUGGUUGAUGAUUUUAACAGAACUUUCUACUGUAUUUAAUUUCAAAUUGUUAUUAGAUUGACUUUGUGCUGCUUUAAUAGGACAGAUUUAAUUGGAUGUACCAUUGUAAGAGGAAUUCUAUAUUUAUGUUAUUCUAUGACCUUCCAAACUUGAUUUCCACAAAUACUUAUGGCUUUUAAUAGAUAUAUGUAUAAAAGGCUCAAUUGUAAGCUUGUUAGCCAACCGGUAAAUAUAUGGGGUCACCUGACCAUUUUACAUCAGAAAGCAGUAGUUUGAUGGCUGUACUUUCAAAGACCCGUUAGGCAACGAUUCUGAAAUAGGAAAACCUUUUACAAAUGUGGACAUGCAGGUUAUUAUUAGUAUUAUCAUAGUCUGUAGAAUUAUCUAGUUCAGAUUCUUGACUGCCAAUUUUCUCAGUUUCUUAGGCUUGAAUUUUCAUAGACAAAUGCUGCAGUUCAGACACCUUUUGAGAGGAAUGUAACUGAAGAUUGAGCAUAAGUCCAUGUGACUAUCCUUGGCAUCUCUUCUGAAAUAAUAAUGAAGAUUAUCCUGUAGAUUACAUAUUUACCCAUCAAAUCUGAUUUAAAAGGUUAAAUGGAAAAGUUUAUAGGCAAGGUAAUUGAUUGGGAGUUGGAUCAGGGGAGGAGUUGUGGGAAAAUAGUGUGCAUUUCAGUUUUGUAAUACACAAAUUUGGAGGAAUUGGAUGUAUUAUACAGCUGUGAUUUGAGUUGUAUAAAAUGUUAAAUCCUGUUUAUUCAGCUUCCAUGAACUCCUUUAUAAAAUUCAUUCUGAUCUUUAUUACUGUUGCAUGAUUGGAAAUGUUUAAAACAUUACAAAAUUGUAGUACAGAAUAACUAAUGGUUUUUGUAACCAGUUUUCUUCUCUCUGCAUGUGAUUUGGAUUUAUCAAAUACAUUCAUUAGUACCUUAUCGAUAACAUCAUCCUCCUGAUCUAAACAAAAAGUUCUACUUGAUAGUUCUUAUUUGCUUGAACUCAACUGUAACCAGCUAUUUUUGUAUUUUUGUAAUAUUUAUCCACUAAGUUGGAGAAGUAGCUUUAUAAUAUACAGUUAAUUUUGUGCGCACUCACGUGUCUGUGUGUGUAUGUGUGUGUGUGUCCUGUGUGGCUAGCCUCAUUAUCACUAUGUAAUCUGAUGGUUUAAAAACUAGAAUUUCUAGAGCAAUAAAGCUUGACUGUAAAUUUAAGUAAGCAGUACAUUAUUGAUUUCUAAUGAUGUUUUAAAAAUUUAAGUCUUGAAUUAUAUCAAAUUUUGGCAGCUGAAGUCAUAUUUAUUUUGAGGUUGUAAGAUUUUUUUUAUUUGUUUUGUACAAUUAUUUAUCUUGAGAUCAUUUUAGAUUUACAAAAGACUUGCAAAAAUAGUACAGAGAGUUCCUAUGAACUCUACUCAGCUUUCUUUUAUGUUAGCAUCUUACAUAACUAAAGAACAUGUAUCAAAACUAAGAAAUUUACUGUGGAACAAUACUGUUAGCUAAAAUACAGAACUUAUUUGGAUUUCAA